GCUUCGUAGUUCCUUUGCUGGUGCUGUCUGGAGAUAAGCAGUUUUGCUGGACCUGAGCAUUACCUCUACCCAGGAUACACCAACCAGACGGCUAAAGACACCCGGAGAGUUUGCAUCUUUUAGCUUUCUUGGCUGUUCAACAGUUCGGGCAGUCUGUUUCGACAUAAAACACUGCGAACGUUUUAUUAAAUUUAGUUAGCCUAUUAGCUUACUUGUAAAAAUGUUGAGUGCCGCUAGAAGCGUUUCAAGGACUCUCCCGACAAGGAACUGUACAAGAAAUGUGUCCUCUAUAAUCAAGAAGGCAUGCUGGAAUGGCUUCAAACCAGAUGCUCUCAGAGCUCUGUCCAGGCGGGACUAUGCGUCAGAAGCUGUCAAAGGUGCGGUCAUUGGCAUCGACCUGGGAACCACCAACUCAUGUGUUGCAGUCAUGGAGGGUAAACAGGCCAAGGUGUUGGAGAAUGCAGAAGGAGCCAGGACGACUCCUUCAGUCAUCGCCUUCACGGCUGAAGGGGAGCGUCUGGUGGGCAUGCCCGCGAAACGGCAGGCUGUUACCAACCCUCAGAACACACUGUACGCCACCAAGAGGCUGAUCGGACGUCGCUUUGAUGACCCCGAGGUCCAGAAAGACCUGAAGAAUGUCCCAUACAAGAUUGUGCGUGCUUCUAAUGGUGACGCCUGGGUGGAGGCUCAUGGGAAAAUGUACUCCCCCAGCCAGGCUGGAGCUUUCGUCCUGAUGAAGAUGAAGGAAACUGCAGAGAACUACCUGGGAACCAAAGUGAAGAACGCUGUGGUCACCGUGCCAGCCUACUUCAAUGACUCUCAGAGACAGGCUACCAAAGAUGCCGGUCAGAUUUCUGGUCUGAACGUCCUGCGUGUGAUCAAUGAGCCAACAGCUGCUGCCCUGGCCUACGGACUGGACAAAACCCAGGAUAAGAUCAUUGCUGUGUAUGAUCUGGGAGGAGGUACAUUUGAUAUCUCAGUCCUGGAAAUCCAGAAGGGAGUUUUUGAGGUUAAGUCCACCAAUGGUGACACCUUCCUCGGAGGAGAAGACUUUGACCAGCAUCUCCUCAAACAUAUUGUCAAAGAGUUCAAGAGAGAGACCGGUGUGGAUCUGAUGAAAGACAGCAUGGCUCUUCAGAGGGUCCGAGAGGCUGCUGAGAAGGCCAAGUGUGAGCUGUCAUCUUCAUUGCAGACUGACAUCAACCUCCCCUACCUGACCAUGGAUGCCUCUGGUCCUAAACAUCUCAACAUGAAGCUGACUCGUGCUCAGUUUGAAGGCAUUGUGGCUGAUCUGAUCCGCCGCACCGUGGCCCCCUGUCAGAAGGCCAUGCAAGAUGCUGAGGUAUCCAAGGCAGACAUAGGAGAGGUGCUCCUCGUCGGAGGCAUGAGCCGAAUGCCCAAGGUUCAGCAAACAGUUCAGGACCUGUUUGGCCGCGCCCCCAGCAAGUCCGUCAACCCCGAUGAAGCUGUUGCCAUUGGAGCAGCCAUCCAGGGUGGUGUUUUGGCCGGUGAUGUCACUGAUGUGCUGCUGUUGGAUGUGACACCACUGUCUCUGGGUAUUGAGACCCUGGGUGGAGUUUUCACCAAACUCAUUAACAGGAACACCACCAUUCCCACUAAGAAGAGCCAGGUGUUCUCCACAGCAGCUGACGGACAGACCCAGGUAGAGAUUAAGGUGUGUCAGGGAGAGAGGGAGAUGGCGACAGACAACAAGGUGCUGGGUCAGUUCACUCUGGUGGGGAUCCCCCCCGCCCCCCGAGGUGUUCCUCAGAUUGAGGUCACGUUCGACAUCGACGCCAACGGCAUCGUCCACGUCUCCGCUAAGGACAAGGGCACAGGCCGAGAACAGCAGAUUGUAAUCCAGUCUUCAGGAGGUCUCAGCAAAGACGACAUUGAGAACAUGAUCAAGAAUGCUGAGAGGUACGCAGAGGAGGACAGGAGGAAGAAGGACCGCGUGGAGGCUGUCAACAUGGCUGAGGGCAUCAUCCAUGACACAGAAUCCAAGAUGGAGGAGUUCAAAGACCAGCUUCCCGCUGACGAGUGUGCCAAACUGAAGGAGGAGAUCACAAAGGUCAGAGAUCUUCUGGCCAACAAGGACUCAGAAACAGGAGAGAACAUCAAACAGGCGGCCACCACCCUGCAGCAGGCGUCACUGAAACUCUUCGAAAUGGCCUACAAGAAGAUGGCAGCAGAGCGGGACAGCGGCAGCAGCGGCAGCAGCAGCUCGGGCUCAUCAGAGGGAGAGAAGAAAGAAGGCCAGCAGUAGACCUUUGCACUUGGGUGUCACUUGGUUUCCAUGACAACAGAGGACUGUCAGGCUCCGGGGUGGACUGGAUGGGGAGUGGCAGUCUUGAGUGACAAGCUGAAUCUUAGUCAUUCUCACUAUAAUAUAUUAUUCUACUGUGUUUUGGCAGUAAAAUACUCUAGCAAAAAGAUAAUGUCAGUGAAUGCUCCUCAAUGUUCUAUGAUAUCCUCUCUGUCUGUAAUUUAAUUGUCUCAUAAACAAUGUUGUAUGUUUUAUUUUUACAAAGCUGUUAAUUUACAUUCUGAGGUAGUAAAAGUUCUUUUUUUGUCUAAGACGUCGUGUAGGUUUCACAUGUUUUUUUUUUUUUUUUUUCCAGCUUGUUUUUGGCUCCGAUCAUUUUUGUUUGUUUGUACCAGUUGAGCUGAGUUCAAAAGCUUGUACACUGUUUGAGCUUUGGUUCCAAGGACAGCCCUCCCGUCUACAUAGCCCAAUGUUGUACAGUGCUCUCCAUCAGUUAUAGCUAUCUUGUUAUAAUAGUGCGCUCAACAACUUGGAGGUGGGAAGUUACUGCAUAAAAUGUUAUAAAAAGUAUAAAAGUAUAUUUGACAUUUUAUGUCAGAAAGUUGUCACUUCUCAGUUGUUCUGAGUGCACUCUAAAGAGUUACCAACUGAAGCAGAACUGCUGGAAUGAGGUGUUCAUUUCAUCAGUUUUAUUCUUAAUCUCUAAAAACAUUCAUCUGUGUCACUUGGAGAGGAAUUAUGACCCUGUUUGUUCCAAUUUCUUGUGUCCUCUGACACUUUAAACAGGCUUGUUAGGCCUGUCUCAGUCUCAUACUGACUCAUGGAGGAAAUAUAAUGUGCGUGUGUGAGGAUGAGGUCAGGCUUUAGUUCAUUUGUCUCUUUUAAGGUUUGAAGAAUGGAAGGCCUUGAUCUGUUAGAAACCCUGUCUUUGAGGAUAGCUGACUCCUGUUAAAGUAAAAAGAAGUCAGGUGAAUGUGGGUGUUGACAUUGCACAGCAGAGGAUGAGGCCUUAGUUGACUCAUUUCAGACACACAACAAGAGGAAGAGCUGCGAUGCAAGCAGCAGUACAGGACUGUGGAUGUUCAGUACGAGACUGGCCUUGUCAUUUCUCUCCAGAAGGAAGUUUAGUUGCUGCCAUAAACUGCUCUGUGUAAUGUGAUUGUUGCUUCGUGCCUGCCUGAUAGUGAUCCAGGAGCUCUGAGUGAAGGAAGCAAAGAGGCAGGCAGGAGGCGGCGUAUUGAAUUGAAAGUGGGGGUGGUCUGUUUUUUUUUGGGGGG